AUGUCGAUUGGUAAGGCUCCAGUGACCAAUUUUGAUGUAAUAGAAGUUGAAAAGGAAAAUAUCGUACCUCUUCGAAGUGGAAGGUCAGCAGCGGCUUUGUCAAGGUCACUCAAAGUCAGAUCAGAUGCGGGAGCGGGCACGAAAGUAUCGGAGAUUCGACUAGAGUUCGAGAAAAGGAUCCUACAUGAGCUGGAUGAGCUCGAUGAUCCGCUGGAACUGUACCUGGACUACAUCAACUGGAUAAACAAUGCCUACCCUCAGGGCGGGCAAUCGAAGCAGAGUGGCAUGCUGGAGGUUCUCGAAAGAUGUCUAAUGUAUUUUAAAGACUUCGACACCUACAAGAACGACCCUAGAUACCUCAAACUGUGGCUUUGGUACCUCGAGCUAUUUGCGGGUUCAGAGAGCGAGAAACAGAGCCUUUUCGUCUUCAUGAUGCGCAAACAAAUUGGCUCAAAACUCUCUUUAUUCUACGAGGAACUAGCUGCCUUCCUGGAGAAGCAGCAGGAUCUCCCACAAGCAAAGGAUGUUCUUGCAAGAGGUAUUGAGAACAACGCCAGACCUCUCGGGAGGCUACGAAGAACUUCACAGCGGUUUGACGAGCGCAUGCGAGACAUGAGUGUAGAUGUACCUUCUGUACCGCAUGGUGGGAGCAUCCUCGACGGAGAAUUACCCAGCAUUGUUCUUGGCAGAGCAAGAGGCCAAAUCGAAGAGGCAAGCCUCAAAAGCAAACCAUCGCAUUCUGCGUCUGCCAAGCAUGAGAUAUUUAAAGAUGUGGCAGGCACUGAUCAGUUUGAUGACUUAAAAAAGGAGGGAUGGGACCAUUUAGAUGGAAGAGCUCAGCGCAAUAAGGAGAACGAAGCUAGUAAACAACUUCUAGCACCAGGUGUAAAUUUAGGAACAUUGAAGCAAGAGGGUUCCACGAAAAUAUCUGUUAACCGUGUGCCGAUCUUCAAAGACUCCAUUGGGAGAAGCGGGCCCAUUUACAAAAUACUUGAGAUUCCCGGGAGGAAACCUGAAAAGAUCGAUUGUAACUUUGACCUAGUAUACCCCACCAAAAAUCAGGAAUACUGUUUUGAGGAGCUUCUUGCAAUGUCCCGAGGAAUCUAUCACAAAAGGCCGAAGGCCAAGAGAGUACUGGAAAUUGAAACAAUUGAUAUCUCCGAUAACCAUUCAAGAGAAAGACCGUCAAAGCAGCAAAAGAAAGCCCUCAAAGAAAUUUCACCCCCACCUGAAGCAUACAGACCAUCUGCGCAGGAAAGUCAAAUUUCGAAUGAAAAUGACAAUUUGCAAGACUUCAAAGCUGUUGAAAGAACGUCUAUCUUACCGUUAAAUGACGAGCCAACUUUGCACUAUGGCACUCAAAAAAAAAGCGCGCCAAGUUCCCCAACAGUAACGUUUUUCUCGAAAGAUGCUAUUGAAGAAGUAUACUCUAUGUUCAAUCAAAACUUUUCAGAGCCAAAUCGCCAUCUUGAUAACGACGACACUACAAGUAAAUUUGCUGCAUUCGAAAACUUUACGCAGGAAUUUACUCGAAAAACUAUCGACGACCUUACCGAAGUUAAACAGAAGAUUCAAUCAGAACAGGUCAAUGAAACUCCCCAAAAAAAUGAAAAUGUUCCGCACGGCAUCGAAGCGCCAACAGAAGUUUCUAAAGAAACUACAACUCCAUCUUACAAAAGCAAACUGCAGGAGUAUAUGACUCCUAUUCAAGAAAGAUCAGAAUCUUCAUUCAAACUCGCCUCCAACUCAAACGAAGAGUACGAUAACGAGGUUACAAAAAACAAUACAAUUACAAACACGGCCGAAAGCUCACCAUUCCUCACUCAGCCUCAAAGAUUGCAGUUGUCAUUGGAACACGAGCCCUUGAUAAUUGAGAAUCCUCUAAGUAAUGAGACAAGGAGUGCUCAACUCAGCACAAUGGAGCCGCCACUUUCUGCCUACCCGAAUUUCUACCACUAUAAUCAAUCACUCAAAAUGAGUGCGUUGUUAAAGAAAAUUCAUACAGCUUCUAAAAAUGCCAAUAAGAACCCCAUUGUCGACUUUAAGAAAACAAACGAGUUGUAUUGUAUAAGAUCACAACUGGGUCAAGGUGGGUUUGCCACGGUUUACUUGGCUGAGUCUAGCACGGGGUCUCUCAAGGCGCUCAAGGUUGAAAAACCUGCCAGUAUUUGGGAGUUUUACAUUUUGAAACAGGUUGAAAAACGGCUGGCAGGCCAACAAAUUCUGGCAUCAAUUAUCAAUGUCGACUCCUUGCACUGCUUUGAGGAUGAAAGUUAUCUCGUUUUGAAUUACGCAAGUCAAGGGACAAUGCUGGACCUGAUAAAUUUAGAAAAAGAGAGGAAUGGAGGCCCUUUAGAUGAAUCACUCUGCAUGUAUUUCGCAGUUGAACUGAUGAAGGUCCUGGAGUAUAUCCACAAUGUUGGUAUAAUUCACGGCGAUUUGAAACCUGAUAACUGUAUGGUAAGGUUCGAAGAGAAUCCAGAAGCCCUCUCCGAUUACGAUGCAAGCGGAAAUGGCGGUUGGGAUAGAAAAGGCGUGUACCUUAUCGAUUUUGGAAGGUCCUUUGAUCUCACGCUGUUUCCUUCAGGAACAAGGUUCAAAGCGAAUUGGAAAACUGAUCAACAAGAUUGCUCUGAGAUGCGAGAAGGAAGGCCUUGGACUUUCGAGGCUGACUACUAUGGGCUAGCUGGAAUCAUUCACGCAAUGCUUUUUGGGAAGUUCAUAGAAACGCGACUUCUGCCUAAUCAGACAUACGCAUUAACGAAUUCUUUCAAAAGGUACUGGAGGCAAGACCUCUGGGCUCCACUUUUCGAUGUUCUGAUCAACAGCGGCAAUAGUACAAAAUUGCCAAUUACAUCAACAAUUAGAGAGCACAGAUUGGCUUUCGAAGCUUCCCUGGAGGAAAGUGGUGGUCGCCUGAGAAGCCAGGUCUUAAGCCUUGAAUCAGAUUUACAACGGCUUAGGAAGUGA